AUGGAUCAUAUAUUGUCGUUGCCCAAGUCCAUCAAGGGGAACACCGAACUGCUCAUUUGGGUCGACCUUUUCUCGGGAUAUGUGAUUGCAAAGGCUAGCUCCUCUCGGACGGCACAAACAAUAGCGGAGAAUUACGAAGAAUGUGUGUUUCGACGCUUCGGAGCUAGCGAGGCUAUCAGGCACGAUCGAGAACCGGGAUUUAUGUCCGACUUCUUUCGAGCCUUCAGUCGGAUCGUAGGACAAAAACAGCGUGCUACUAUGGCUUACAGGCCACAAGCAAAUGGAACAGCCGAACGAAUGGUGCAAACCCUGACACAUUCGCUCAAGAUGUACGUGGCUGAAGUUGACCAGCGAGACUGGGAUGAGUAUGCUGAGCGGCUCACAUUUGCCAUUAACACUGCACAAGAUCGGAUCCGGGGGGAUACCCCGUUUUAUCUGGUUCAUGGGUGGGACCCGCGAUCGACUUUGGAGGCUACGCUACCAGUGGGGAAUACGGGGACACGAGAUCGCGAUCCAAAGAGGUGGAGAUACAAAAUCCAAAGACAAUACCAGCGAGCCCGAUCUGCAGUGAACGAUCGUUUGCAAGCCGCAAUCCAGGAGCGAGCGGAUCGACACAACGAAGAUCAGGAACCACACGAGAUCGAAGUAGGAGCGCAAGUUUGGCUAUACCUGGACCGAGUUAAAGAGGGAUAUGCGAAGAAGCUAGCGCACAUGUGGCAUGGGCCAUUCCGAGUUGCGGACGUAAAGACGUUCCCUGAACGCCCGAAGGAUCAGCUUACGAUAGAGGAAUCAGAUCGCUUGGAUUUCGAUGAAGCUCUGCUGCGAGAAGACAGUUUGGAUGGCGAUCUUGAAGAAUGGGAAUACGAAGUAGAGGCAAUAUUGGACGUGCGAUCUGGUAGAAAAACCCAUUAUGGGCGAGUACACCGGCAGUAUCUGGUGAAGUGGAAGGGAUAUCCCGAUCUAAGUUGGGUGGACGAGGCCGAUCUAAGUUGCGGGGCGAUCUUGCAAUAG